UUAGCUGCCUCGUUUUUGUUGGGGCUUCGUGACGACAUUCUGCGCCACAGAGCCCCCGGCAUGCUGAAGCUGUUCUUCUUGGCAACGGCUGCUGCUGGCCACAAGCUGGCACUCCUUCCGGCAAAUGAAGUCUCCCGGACCGCGCUCUUGCAGGAUGCAUCCAUAGAACCCUCCGCAGAUCCAGAUGAUGGCCAGAUAACGAACUUCCAGAGCAUCUUGAGGCAAUUGACCAAUGCUGUGGCAUCUAUCAAUUCGCCAUCGGUCACGCCCAUUUCGUCGUCGACAUCCGCGAUGGAGUCCGAAAAAUCCACACAUGAACCAGAGGUCUUCUCCUUGAAGGGUCCCAGUUCAGCGACCGAAGCCCCCCAUCCGUUGAUGGGUUCCUUGCAACCGUCGCCUAUUCCCAGGAGGUUGCUAUUCAACCACAAGUUCAAUCUGUUGAAAGCAUCAGAUGCGAGCUUGGAUAAGCAGAGUAAACUGCUGCGUGACAACGUGCGACAUAUCGUGAAGUUGUUUCCAGAUCUCGGACCAUCGGACGUGCACUUCUGGGACGACGGAGAUUGCCAGGCCGGAAUCGAACAGUUGCAGCUCGAGGAGUCUGAGGCGUUGGGCCUGGAUUUUGCUCGAGAGAAGGUGGGCAUGGUGAAGUCAGACCUUUGCCGUUUGGUGAUGAUGUACAGCCUUGGUGGUUUCUACUUCGACACAGACAUCCUUCCUUUGCCCAACUUGGAGCAGCACUUGGAGCCCAAAGCCACCUUCGCAACUGUGAUCGCUGAUGACGGGAAGAAUUACUUCCAAGCGUUCCUGGCGGCUACGCCGAAGCACCCGGCGAUCCUGGAGUCUCUGAAGGAGUUCAAGAAAUGGUAUGACCAGCUCAACCGGCCUGGCCAAAACAAGGAUCUGUUGCGAAGGAAGACGGCCAAUGGAAACAUCGGCACUGCUCUCCUUCGCAAGGCGUUUCACACCUGGUCCAGGGGCACCAGAGAAGAUUCAGUAGUGGUCCACACUGGAGGACUUGCAGGACACGUCUCCCAAUUCUUCGUGGAAAAAAACGACCAGCGCCUCAAGGGCUUCCAGGGCCUGCCGUCGCGCCUGUCGGGAAAACUCUGCAAUUAUGCUGUGGUAGACAGGAGCUCAAAGACAGUGGUGAUGUUCUCUCGGAUUUACGACAAAGUUCAUCACCAGCUUUGCAGAGAGGAGGUGCAGUUCAUGCACAGCCUCAUCCAACUCCAUAGCCAUAGCUGACUGCGGUGAGCAGCGAGAAAAGCAGCAUGUAGUGGUGGUGGUUGGCGUGUGCCGUUUAUUCCCUGUUGGGGCAUGGAUGGUGUGUGCAAAGUGUAGACGAAUUCGGCCUUCGGCCAGGCUGGGCCACCGUGGUUGGAA